UCCUCUUUGAGAGAAAUCUCUCCCUCUCUCUCUCUUCUUGUAGACUUCGUUUUCUCUCUUCGAUCUUCUCGUUUUUCGUCAAUCGAUCAAAUUCAGGAGGAGCGAAAUUUCUUUCCGCAGAUCGAAACCUUAACAGUUUUCUCCGUUUCUCCUUCUCUCUAGAAUCCGCGUUUUUCUUUUUUAUCAAUCAUUUCCGAUGGAUUCUGGAAUCCUUGUAAUUCCCUCGUAGGGCCAAAAACCCUAGCUGUCGAAGACCUUCAAUCGGUGCACGAGACUAUAAUUUAUUUCAUUCUAGCUAGGUUUGGGGUUUUCCGAUUCGAAACUAUUAGAUUGUUGGGUGAGAAUCAGGGGUUCCUCAGAAUCUAAUGCGAGAUUAGCCUUGUGACUUUAGGAUGAGCUAGUUUUGUUUUUUUUUGGUUUUUAGUGGAGAUUUUACCAAUUCUGGUCGAAGAUCUUAGAAAUACAAUUUAGAUUGUCCGUCUCGGAAUCUUACUGUACAUAUAGCUAGAUCGUGACCUCCUGAUGAAUUUCCUGGUGGUGAAUCGUGGGGUUCGUUGGUAAUUUUGGCUACUUGGGAUCAUGCGUUUCGGUUGAUUUGAAUAUUAUUGGUGGUUACUUGAGAGAGUUGAGAAUAGAGAACUACAGUAGAAGAACUUGUAAGAAGACUUGCGUUUUUGGGUAUUUAUUUACCAUAGAGAACUACAGUUAAACAACUUGAUACGGCGUUGAGAACAUAUAGUGGUGUUUCUUGGCCUUGACCAGCUAUAAUCUUGUGGCGUGUACAAUGAGUAUAGCAGAUGAACAACAAUUUGCGAUGGAUCAACUUGUCGAAACCAAUGAUGAAUCCAAAAAGAAACCAAGAAUUUCAUACACGAGAGGAUUUCUCUUAUCGUUGAGCGAUAAGGAUGCGUGUAAGAAGCUGCCAGAUGUGCCUAGUGAAUUUAAUGAUUUACUGUGGCGUGACUCCGAAGAUCCUUCACCCGAGCGACACAGAAUUUCUGGCGAUUUUUCGUCUCAUGGUUUGAGGCGGAAUGACUAUAGUUCAUCGCCUCCCACCAGGGGUGAAUUAGUUAGUAACUCUCGAGGCGUCCAUGGAAGAUGGGAAGGGCGAUCAGGUGGAUGGAGUGAUAAAGAUGGUGAUUCACAGUCAGACCGGGACCCAGGAGAGCCUGGGAGGCGUUCUGGCAUGCCAUCCCGGAGGCCUUGGCAAGCACCGGAGCAUGAUGGUCUAUUGGGGAAAGGUUCUUUCCCUAAGCCUUCUGGAUUUGGUGCAGGGCCAUCUGGCCCCAGAGCUCAAUCUAAUGACUCGUAUCAGCUGAGGAGAAGCAAUGAACCUUACCAUCCUCCUCGCCCAUACAAGGCGCCACCUUACACUCGACGUGACACUAGAGACUCACUAAAUGAUGAGACGUUUGGUUCUUCUGACUCUACAAGUGAAGAUAGAGCGGAAGAAGAAAGAAAAAGAAGAGCUUCUUUUGAGUUGUUAAGGAAGGAACAUCAAAAAGUAUUCCAGGAGAGGCAAAAAUUAAACCCAGACUUGCGUAAAAACGACUUUGAUUUUACUGAACUCCUUGGGGAAUCCAUAGAUGAAAAAGAGCUUCCAAGUAGAAGCGAUGAAGUUAGUAACACCCCAGCAAUUCCUGGCUCUAGUAUUCCAGCAAGUGCUGCACCCAGACCACUUGUACCGCCUGGUUUUGCAAGCACAAUUUUGGAAAGAAAGCAAGGGGAAAAACCUCAAACUGAAACUUCUCAGCAUGAGAGUAGUCCUUUGACUAUCAAAGGCAUUAAUAUGGUGAAUGGAACGUCUGUUGCUAAUGAAGAAAAACAGUCGGGAAUUACGAUUGGAUCAAGUGAGAUGCUGGUAGAAGGUGAAGCUGUUCGUGCCUUCUCCUCUGACACAAGUGAACAGGCUGUUAAUAUGUCUUUAUUUCUUAACAAAUCUACAGAUAAAGUUCAUAAGGACAAAAGUUUUGGAAAGCUUUCCACCAUCUCAACUGCUGCUGAAGCUCAUGGAUAUCCUAGAAAAAUUGAGCAAACUACAGUGACUUUGGACCAGAAGAAAAGCUUGGAGAUUUCGGAUGGGCCAUCAAUUCUGGAUAAGAUAUUCAACACCGCUAUAAAUUUUAGUAGUGUUGACUCCUCUAAUAUUACUCAGAAAAAUGUAGAAAAGGUAGAAGAAACACGGACCCCUCCGACUGUUAAAUCCUCCAAGUUCGCGCAUCUAUUUCUUGAAGAAGAUAACAAGCCAGUGGAAGAUCUUGCAUCCAGCGGGCCACCGAGAGGCUUACUGUCACUACUUCAAGGUGCAGAUAAAUUGCAACCUUUUGACACAAAAGCUAAGGGGGAACUUUCGAUGGAUUUUCCUUAUCAAGGCCAUGCCACUAAAAAUACUGAUAAGUUAAGCAACACUUCCACUAGUAAAUCAGUAACUGCUGCUCCACCGGUUCUCACUUGUGAAGACCUUGAGCAGUCUAUUCUGUCAGAAGUCACUGAAAGCUAUCAUCCACCACCACCACCACCGCCAGUUGAACAAGACUUGAGUGUUUCCUCAGUGAAGAAGACCAAACAACGGAAAGCGUCUGUUGAUGACCAGGCUUCCCAGCACCUUCUUUCUUUAUUACAGAGAAGUGCAGACCCAAAAAGUCAAGAUACGCAGUUACUUUCAGUUACAGAGAGUAGACCACCACCAUCUGUGAAACCACCUACAGCAGGAGAACCAGAUCCAGCGAAGUCUUUGACUCUUGAGAAUCUGUUUGGGAGUGCCUUCAUGAAUGAACUGCAGUCUAUUGGAGAACCAGGUUCUGGAAGACCUAUGGUUUCUGAUGCUCCUGGGGUUCCGCUUCGAUCAGACAGGUCUAUUGGUGAACUGAGCCAAAGAAACCAAGCUAGACCUGACAGUCUUCCCGGAGGCCUACUAGGCCUUCCAGAAGAUGGUAACUUACUUGCAAUGGGAGGUCCUGCAAACCCACAAAAUUUCUUGUCUUUUCCAGGAUCUCAUAAUCAGGAGCCUGAAGUAACUUUCAACAUCUCUGACAAGCUAGCUGCUUUCAACUCUGGUCCAAGGAACGAGAGACCAACAAUGGGAGGUCAAGAUGGUCCUUAUCUUCACCACCAUCCCCAACAAUACACAACCGACCACUCCUCUCACUUGAAUGGUUCAGGCCAAGCCUUCCAUCCGUUUGAUUCUCGACAUGCGCAUUUAAAACCUCAGCUCGAUUUCAUGGGCCAAGGAAGCAUCAUAGCUCAACAUCAGGAUUCGCCACCAAAUCAACGGUUUCCAGCAAACAUGAUUCAUCGUCCACCUUUCCAUCAUUCAACAACCAGUGGACUUCCCGAGUUUGAUCGUCUUCCUCCACAUAUGAUGCAGAAGAUGCAUAUGCAAGAGAACCUGCAACACCAUCAGCUCAUGCAAGGAUUCCCCGGUGGUGGUCCACCACACCAUCGCUCUCCUCAUGUAAACAACCAAAUGCCGGGUCUCAUUCCCGAGUUAAAUGCUUCACAAGGCUUACCCUUCGCCCAUCGCCAGCCUAACUACGCUAUGCCACCACCAGGUUCUCAAGUUAAUAGAGGAGAUCCUCCAGCUUCACUGCAGACACUCUUGGGGAUUCACCAGAGGAUGGACCCUUCCAAGCAGAUACCGCCGAUGGGUCAAGGCGGUGGUCCUAAUCGCCAGGGUUCUAUGGGUCAUGAACUCGACCUUGGCUUUGGCUACAGGUAACUUGCUCUGCCCACAAUCCUCUUAACACCCUAAGAGAGUAAGAGGUGUGUCUGCGUAAAACUAAGUUGCUUUGUGAUGUGCAAGUAAUCAAAAUUACCAUUUGUGAAUUUAAGAAAGAAAAAUAGAAGAAGAACACUAUAUACUCUCGUUUAUCUGGCUGCUUGUGAGAUGUGGAUGCUUUUAAUUAACAGUGGUAGAUUUUGAUGAAGUUUCGAGUCCGUGUGAUUGGUAUUAUCUAUUUUAGGUUUUUAUUUACCGUUGUUCAAAUCUCUAUGGCUGUCUCCGUGUGUCGAAGGUAACAAGUUAAGUGUGAGACUGAGGACUUUUUUUUUCAG